AUGAAUUCCUUGAAUGUUGGGAAACUGAGGUUUAUCAUCGCCAGCCUGAAGGGUCUUUCGACCCAUGAACUUGGUGCUGAGCUGGACAGGCUUUGUGCAGAUCAAGACCCCAUUAGUUUCUAUAGUUGCUUUUUUCAGGCACUCAAUGUUCGAAAGAAAAAUAUUCUAUUCAUGGGUCCUCCGGGCGUGGGCGUCGGGACCUGUAUGCGAAUAGUUGCUCCUGUACUACUAAUUCCUUCCUUUCGCUCAAAGUAUAUUAUUCAAAAGGAGAUGCAACAAGGGACUGAUUUUGGUUUGAUUGCGGAAAAGUACGUUCUGCGUGGAGAAUUAAUACCGGAUGACGUGAUGAUUCCAAAGAUCAUAGAGGUCCUUAAACAGCCACAGUAUCGCUCGGGUUUGAUUAUGGACGGGUUUCCCCGCACGAUUAAGCAAGCAGAGGCUCUCGAAGAAUUUUCUCCUGUCGAUCUCGCGAUGGUUUUCACUCUUCCGAAGCAUCUAGUUGUAAAAAAGCUCAUGAACCGGCGAGUCUGUCCCAAAUGCAACCGUUCGUAUAUUUUAAGUGAAAUCAGCGAAGGAAGCGUUCAUCUGCCUGCGAUUCUGCCGCAGAACGAGAACCUGUGCGAUGAUUGCAAUGUCCCUUUAGUCGUUCGUUCGGACGACAAUCCAAAAAUCAUCGAAGCGAGAUACGACAUUUUCGAGGAGAGAACGAAGCCGGUGUUGGAGUUCUAUCGCGAGAAGAAGAUAUUGUGCGAGUUUGGAAUCAAGCAAGGAGUGCAAGAUUUGCCUGCGAUUCUUCGCAAUAUAUUGAUUCAUUUUUUAUCCAAAUAUAAUUGA